UUCCCACGGAUUGUAAAGCCAAACGUUCAUGCUUGAUUUCCAAUACUGAUAUUGACGCCGAUCGAACACAUCUCUACCGAGGCGUGUUGAACCACGCAUGACCGUGGUAGAAUCGAACGCCCUUAAUCCGUGACACGGUUUCAAGAGUCGUCGAUCCAAGAGCACAAGUCACGCGUGAGCGCCACACCUUUCUAUAUAUGUUUAAUCAACACAUUGUACUAUCCUGCGAACUGUUCCGCCGUUACCCAUCUGUUGGCUCCGUCAAGCGACCUACCAUCGGAGGCUGAAGAUACGUCAAUGGCACUGGCACUGGCAGCCCUGCCGAGGUCAGUUUGGUGAUCUCGCAAUCCUGCGCUCAGUUAAUAGCUGACCCUUUCAUCAAGUCUGUCAUGGCACGAAGAAGAACCGCCAACCCCGAACGUAGUAGCAAACUCGGAUGCGCCAGUCCCAACGUUGCCAGCAUCUUCAUAUAUCAACUCGCUCUCUGGGUUGGUCUGCCUCCAGAUUCAGGUUAUUGUGCUCACUCAUCUGCAAUAGUGGUAAUGCGGGGGGACGCCCUUCCGCCGAAACGCAGACAAGAACGUUCAUCAGCGUUGAAUUUGAAGGGGCUGAUGUGAUCCUUCGUGCCGAUGACACCGAUUUUCGGGUUCAUACCACUAUUCUUCGCCAAGCUUCUCCUUUCUUCCAGUCAUUAUUUGAACUACCCCAGCCUCGAGGUUCGGAUGACAUGGCAGUUAUCGAAAUGACCGAGGAAGCGGACGUUCUCGAGGUUCUGGUCCGUCUGAUCUACCCAAAACCGUAUCAACCUUCAAUCACCUCGCUGGAUCAUGCGAUUCGGCUGCUGAGAGCAGCGGAUAAACUAGAGAUUGAGUACGCUGUCAAGCCAAUACAUGAUGCUAUCGCUUCGAUCACGGAAGCUGAACCCAAUCCCGUUCGAGCAUGGGCAAUUGCUGCUCGGUUCGGUAUCAACGCUGCUAUCAAAGCGGCGACCGUUCGAUACCUCAAGUGCAAUGAUGAAGCAAUGCUAGAAGAACGAGUCGAGGAGCUAUGUCAUGUGGAUGGGCUUUCUCACUUUGACUUUAUCACCAAGCGGAAAAAUGCGCUGAAGGAGGCAAAGGUCGCAAUCGCCGAAACCAAUUGGCGUUGUAACGACUGUCAGGGUGCUCCUGCGUGGAGGAAGCAAUAUGAACGCAGAAUUGCGGGGGUCAAUCCAUUCGGAGGGGAUGUAUCAUCUGAACUGCUGUUCGAAGUUUGUGCCCUUCGGUCAGGUUGUGACAACUGCGUUUCUACUCUUGAUUAUCACCAUGCAAUUGCCGUGUGUUCGCGUUUACGCUCUCGACUUCAGAGUAUCCUCAAUCAGCACUCUGAGAUUGGAGCAACAUUCAAACCAAAGCCCUCGAGAGCUUACUGAUGGCGCGCGUGCACUAGCAACUGACGGUGACAUGUACACCGC